CUGAUGUACAGGAAAAGGUUAAUGGAGGAGAAAAAGCUGAAGCUACAACUGUAAAGGUUGAGGAGUCUGCCCCGAGCAUUACGAUGGAGGUCAGCAAAGGGGAGGCAACUCCACAGGCUGACGGAGGUGGGGGUGAGAAUGGUGAAGCGGCCGCGGUAACAGUUAAAGUGGAGGAGGUGGUUGUGCCCACUGAGAAGACAGAUAAGGGGGAAGAGCCAAGUGCACAGGAGAAUAAAAUUAUCAGACAAGUAGAGUACUACUUUGGAGACAUCAACCUGGCCAGAGACAAAUUCCUUCAGGAACAGAUAAAACUGGACGAUGGAUGGGUUCCCAUGGAAACCAUGCUCAAAUUUAACAGACUCAAGUCCCUGAGUAAUGACGCGAAAGAAAUUUGUGACGCACUCAGGAAAUCGAAAGCGGGUUUGCUUGAAGUGACAGAAGACAACAGCAAGUUGCGGAGAUCAAAGUCCAGGCCUCUGCCGGAGAACACGACGGAAAGGAAAGCUGAACUCAAGAAGCGCAGCAUUUACGCGAAAGGCUUGCCUGUUGACAGUAGCUUGGACCAGAUUGAGGAGUUUUUCAGAGGGUAUGGACCAGUAGAAAACAUUCAGAUGCGGAGGAAUCAAAAGAGAGAGUUCAAGGGCUCUGUUUUUGUCAUCUACGAGAAAGAAGACGAUGCAGAAAAAUUUGUCAAGGCAGAAAGUGUGAAAUAUGAUGACAAGGAACUUGUGAGAUGUUUGAAAGAUGAUUAUUUCAAGAGAAAAGACCAGGAACGACAGGAGGAGAAACUGAGAAAGGAGAAGGCGCGACAGGUGCAGAAAAAGGACACGUGUGAGGGAAAUACAAAAGAGGAAAAAUCAGAAGAAGAGGAGAUUAAGGAUAAGAUGACAAAAGGUGCCUUGUUACAUCUGACUGGGUUUGAAGGGGACAUUACGAUUGAUGAUGUCAGGAAUUUCUUCGAUGACUUUUCAACAGUUCGGUGGGUCGACUUCGAGCAAGGAGACAAAGAGGCAGUGGUUCGGUUUGUGGAAGCCAAUGAGGCAGCUGUUGUCAUGGAGAAAAUUAAGAUGGCCAACGAUGGGAAAAUAGUGUUUAAUAAUUUAACCCUAGAGGCUGAUGUCUUAGAAGGAGACGCAGAAAUCGACCACUGGAGGAAGAUUUUCCAGGCUCAAGCUGACAAAAUGAAGAUGAUGGGCAGAAACAGAAAUCAGCGGGGACGUAAGCGAGGACCUUUUGGUUUCAAAAAGGGCCAGCAGAACAGAUCAGGAGGAAAGGAAAAAGCAGAUGGUGAACCUCCAGCAAAGGCAUUGAAGACAGAGUGAUAUUAUUAAACUGAAAGUGAAAGGACUAUUAAAGAGGGGAUAACUCACUUGGUGUUUAAUACAGGAGAUCAAUUCUCCUAUUGCUGACUACAGACAGUGGAUGACAGUUAGUGGUUCUCCUAAAGGCUUGGGUCAACACAUCAUCUCACUGUGCAGAACUCCCAUCUCCUUAUAAGUUGAGCCCGCAUGGAUUACUGCCCCUGCAAUGCACUCUUCGGUCUCUUUGCACAUGGUACAUGUUCGGUUAUAGUAGGACUCCAUUUUUCGUUAUAACGACGUUACAAAUUAUUAAAAGUGCUCAUUAAUCAAAUGGAAGAUUAAGUGUAAUUGCCAUUUACAUGAACUUUAAAGGACCAGUAUAUUUCAUUCAAUGAGACAUGUUUAAGUUUUGAUCGGAGAAAUACAUAUAGCACUAAGUUGUUUUCCAGCGUCCAAAAUGGAGUUUGUCCUGAAAAGGGUUGUUUGUAAAUAGUGGUGACCAUGUUUCAGGAUCCGAAUAUAUAGACACACACAUGUACCAGUAGCCCAUGCAUAUUUUGGAGAAAUUUUUUCUACUUUCAUCCUUCAUGUAUAGCUGUGUUUAUGUUAUUUUAUAACUUGACACUGAAAUUUUGAUACAUGUACGUGUAAAUGAUGUUAAUUUAGUAUGGGGCUGAAAGUGAGAUCUGAAACUUUAUAAUAUUACAUGUAUUUGUACCUGCCAUAUAGAAGGAGAAAUUUGGUUCAUGCAAAUUGUGUUGAGUUUAAAAUUAGGAGCUAAAAGACAGCAAGAGCUUAAGCUUUGUAAUGCCAAACAGUAAGAAUGGGUAAUAAUUGGAAAAAGGGACACACAAAACUUAUGAAAUUUGAUGACAUGAAUGAACCAGUUGGGUCAGGACAAUGUGCUUUGUUUUCGAGUACAGCAUGUAAAAUACACUAACUCUUCAAACAGACUGGAAAUACAAUUGAGAGUUGCAGGAAGAUUUUUUUGUAAUGGUAGAAUGGUGUUGUUGAGGCAGGCUUAGUGAAGCCUGAUGUAUGCUCAGAAUAUACGUCUUGUGAUUAGACCAGACAUACUUGUAGGCUGAUUUAAAGGUGUCUGGGAGAAAAGCUUGUGAAAUGAAAUAAAGAUUAAAGUAUCAUAAUAAUGGCAAUGGAAUACAACAGGCUACUGAUAGGUUUGCUGAGAGUGAAGUGAACUCGAUACAAAGCUGUAAUGGACACUCGUAAAACUCCUUGUCUGUAACCUUCCAAAAACUAUGAACUGUUUUGUUCUUUCCUUUAUUACAUCACAAUUAUUGGUGCAUGUGUGCCCAUAAAAUAUAAAUGAAGUAGACAAGCACUGCAUCAUGACAGAAAAAAUGAUGCGUUCUACUAUCAUUUGGAUCUUCUGUGUAGCUCGUCCUCGAGU